AUGAAGGAUUUUGGUGACAUAAGGGAUAAUGUCAAAAUCAGAGACUAUGACACCAUCACAGCUUUCCUUGGAUCUUGGGGACCCUUUCAGGUCAGAAUUUUUUUAGCACUGGCCAUAAGCAUUCUCCCGAAUGGCUUUAUUGGCGGAUACAUAGUAUUUGUAGGUGCUACUCCACUUCAUGAAUGUUAUAUCCCUGAAAACUUCCACAUCAGUGAGAUGUGGAAAAACGUGACAAUCCCACUGGAAACUGUCAAUGGCAUUGCAAAGCGCAGCUCUUGCUCGAGGCUUAACUUGGAAAUUGUCAGGAACUACUCUCAAAAUAAUAUUAUCCCAAACGUUGAUGUGAACGUUAGUGAGAUACCUUGGGAGAGUUGUGUGGAUGGGUGGGUACACAGCAGAAACAUCUACCAGUCAACAAUUGUUUCAGAGUGGGACUUGGUUUGUGAGAAUGCAUACAAACUUCCACUUGCCAGCUCCAUUUAUUAUGUUGGUGUGCUAGUGGGAUCGUUGAUCUCAGGUCUGGUGUCUGACAGAUAUGGAAGGAAACCAAUACUCUUUAUCAUGAUGGUGCUUCAAACUGUGUCAAUCACAGCGCAGAUAUUCUCCCCGAGCUGGGAGAUCUUCACCUUUAUUUUCUUUUUUGUGGGUGCUGGGGGAUUCUCCAACUAUAUCAUUGCAUUUGUGCUAGGUUCAGAAAUUCUAAGCCCAAAAACCAGAGUGAUCUUUUGUUCUCUUGGAGUUUUUAUGGGCUCAGGGUUGGGGUACAUGGCAAUGCCUGCAGCAGCGUACUUCCUCCGGGAAUGGCGGUUGCUGUUGAUUCCAAUGGCUGCAUGUGGAUUGAUCUAUGUUCCUCUGUGGUGGAUUGUCCCAGAGUCUCCCCGUUGGCUGCUCUCUCAGGGCAGAGUAAACGAAGCUGAAGCUAUACUGAAGGAUGCUGCCAAGAAGAAUAAAGUGGAAGCCCCACAGGCGAUUUUUACACAAGCUGAGGUUGAAGAUGCACUGACAAAGAAGGAGGAAAAAGAGGGAAACAACAUUUUGGUCAUCGUGAAAAACUGCAAUAUUUUCACUGUCACAUUAAUAUGUUCACUUCUGUGGAUCAUCAUCACCAUUAGCUACUUUGCUUUAGUCCUCAACACUUCCAACCUGAAUGGUGACCCUUACAUAAACAGCUUCUUGUCUGCUGUGGUAGAGGUUCCAGCUUACAUAAUUGCCUUGAUACUGCUUAAGUUCUGCUCGAGGCACUUCUGCCAGUCUUCCACACUCUUUCUCGGAGGCGUCAUGAUCCUCUGUGUCCACCUCAUUCCUAUAGAUUUACCCAGUGUGGCUGUUUUUCUUGAGAUGUUGGGAAAGUUUGGCAUCACAUCAGCAUUCUGUGUUGUGUAUGCUGUCACAUCAGAGCUCUUCCCCACAGUUAUCAGAAAUACAGCAAUGGGGAUUUGUUCCAUGGCUGCACGUAUUGGCACUAUCAUCUCCCCUUUUAUUAUUUACUUAGGACAACAAUUCAAGGCACUCCCUUACAUACUGAUGGGAGUUCUAGCCAUAUGUGGUGCUGUCUUAUGUUUUGUGUUGCCUGAAACUUAUGGAAAAACAUUGCCAGAGACUAUAUCACAAAUGCCACAGAUAUGCAGCAGGAGAAGAGGAGAAAAGAAAAAGGAUGAAAAUGAAGCGAGACCAUCUGUUUGCGAGUUCAAAGAAUCCAAAUUAUAGUUAGUCAAGCUUUUUUCUCACCGCUUUAUUAUUUUUGUGCAAUUCUGUUUUACAGCUUUUAUCUUGAACUUGUAACAGUCCUCGUUACAUACCAUAUGUGGUUGUUUAACUAACUUAUGUUAUUGUGAAGUCUGUUAUC